AUGGAAAAGUCCGCAGAAUCCACCGAGCCUGAGCCAUCGUCGCCCGUCGCAGUCUUGACUGGUGAGACUCCAGAGCAUCAUGUAACACUGCCGCCUUAUUCUGGGCCUUCUAUCCCAUCAAGUGCUGUUUCCGCUCCGGCUUCACAACCCACAACCGCCCAUAAAAGCCCAGCACGCUUUCCUGGACUACCGCGAGUUGAUUACCGUCUUUACUCUCCCCCUCUCUUCAAACUCUCCAACGACUAUAAGACUCUCUCAUCGCGUGCGGAAUAUCUAUCGGCCAAGCCUGAGGCGCUUAUAGCUCUCAUCCGCGCACAAGCCUCGGUGCCUCCCAAGCCCCAGAUUCACAUCCGGGGUAGUCGGGGGCGCAAAGUCGACUUUGACAUCAAACUUAACCUUAUGAGCCUACUAGUCCCGGAUGAUGAUAACCAGCGUUUAGACUAUAUUCGAUGUGUUGGCGAUGGGGAGCUAGCUUACCGUGGAGGUCUCAAACCCGAUGUCCUUCCCGAAGUCAGCGAUGCCGGGUUGGAUGAAUGGUGCCGCCGUUUCGUUCAGGAUCCUGCUUCUGUCAAACUCUUUACGCUCGAACGAGUGGUCACAAAUCUCGAUACAGCAUGGCUUGAAGGACAAUUCCGCAGCCUCGUGGCAGCACUCAACUACCGUGGCGUAGUUGAUGUCAGCUUCGUGGUUACCCAUAGCCGUGUCGUGAUACAGAACCCGGACAAAGUCAAUCAGUUCUUCACUAGUGUGACCAGCCUGUUCUCUGGCAAACACAAAUACGAAGUGGCCAAAGCCGUCUGGCCAUUUGCUACAGCGAAGAACGGGGAGCCUGACAGAAGGUGUAUUGUUCAGAGUGAGGAAACUUGGUGGAGAGAGUGGAGGGAUCCAAUCAAGUAUGCUAUCUCACAGAAGCGUCACGGUUGGGUCACAGUCGAAGACAAACUUGAAGCUCUAAUGGAAGGCAAGGGGCAUGAAACAGGAAUUAUUGAUUGGGGGCCGGAGAACAUGGGAUAA